AUGGAUAAAAGUACAAAUAGAUAUGGGACAUCUCGUAAGGCAACACAGAAAGUUGUUCAAAAAGUUAAAACUCCAACUACUUCAAAGCUCAAACCACCUAAACACUCUGCUUCUCCUUCGAAUAAAAUUGAUUGUGAACCGAAUCCUCCUUCUAUUCCGUCUAACCGACCAAAUAAUAAUUCAUCCUCAAUCUGUGGACAAAGUCUAACUGGUAAUUCUGGUGACUCUAAAAUAAUAGAAUGUCAACCAAUCAUCGAGUCAUAUGUUACUGCAUCACCAAAAUUACCUGCAAAAAAAUCU